CACUGGGAUCGCUGGCUCUCUCCCAGUCAGGAGAUCAGAGGCUGCUGGAUAUGGUGGACACUGAAGCUGAGUCUGGGCUGGAUUGUCCCAUAUAUGUGGCGCUUGUUCCAGCACUACUCAGAGACUUUGUUCUCUUGUGGAGAAAAGAAGGGAUUCUACAACUGACUAAAGGACAACAAUGAACUGGGACAAAACAAUGUCCAGAAUUUUUGAAAACAUUCUGUUGAGGAGCAACACACUAAAAUGCUUCUGGCUUGUCUUGCCAUGAGAUACUCCUGGCUUUAUUUGAGUUGUUACUGCCUAGUAAGCUACGUACAUCUGGAUUCAGUGGAAAUAUUAUUUUCUAGGUGACUUGAGUGUCGUAAUUAAGCUGGAGACCACGCUGGCUUAGAGAUGACCGGAGCCCUGCUUACUGGACUCAUACUCUUUUUGUUGGAGGUGGUAUGUGAAAGUGAGCCAACACAUUCUGGUCCAAAAACAAUGGAAGACGCACAUGGACAACACAAACUGGUCCAUCUAACAUCAACUUGGGCCUUCCAGCUGGUUAAUGACUCGUUGUCCUUCUCCGGGGCUGAAAGCUUCUGCCGAGGUCAGUUCAGCUCCCUCGUCAUGCUGGACCAGUCAGAGGAUUGGGAAGAAGCCUUGAGGCUGCUUAGGCAGAUUGGACUUCGCUCACCCGUCUGGGUCAAGGACCACAGCCGAACAGACUCCAAGCCUGUGGCCCUCUCCAGGCAGUAUUUGAAGUUCUCAGCCAUGAACUUCCCAAAGGAUUCCCAUGAGGGUUUUGUUCAUGUCAACAUGUCCUUCCCCACAUUAUCAUCUGUCAGCGUUUGUGUUCGAGUUCAGUGGGACCCACUGUGGAAUGAGGUGUCCACCAUCUUUUCCUAUGCUGCACCUGUCUUUACCAAUGAGUUUCAGCUGCGAGGCCAAGUCGACGCACAGGGUCGCAUCCUUCUGGCACUCAUCAUCCAUGGGAAGCACCUGCCAUAUAAGGCGUCCUUCCCAAAUGAUGGAGCAUGGCAUCACAUUUGUGUCACGUGGCGCCGGAGCAGCAACCACUGGGCUAUCUAUGUGGAUGGAGACAGGAGGGACACAGGCUCUGGCACAGACACGUCUAGGGAUAUCUACGGUGAUGGGAUUCUAAUCCUGGGUCAGGACCAAGACUCCUUUGGUGGAAAUUUCACAGAGCCUUUUGUUGGAAAUAUUACUGAUCUUAAUAUUUGGAACAUCACUUUGGAAACUAGACAUGUCCGUGCCCUCAAUGCUUGUUCUCCCAUGACCCAGGAAACACUUUUCAAGUGGAACCUUGAACUCUUAAGAAGGCAUGCUGUGGUCAAAGACGUGGAGGCUAUUCUGUUUUGUCCAGCAGUGAACCAGCAGAUGGAGCUACAGGGCUGCAGGACGCUGCAGGGCUGGGCAGAUAAACUCCCACAACUGAGCCUAACAGACUGCUCUGAUCCACUGCCAUUCAUCUGCCGAAGCAGCAAAGAGCGUUACCUGAAGAUGAAGCAGAUGAGUGAAGCCCAGAGCUCUCAUCCUACUGCCUUCAUGAACCAGCUGAUGAAGCUUUCUAACAACAGCCAGCCAGUGCUGGGACAGCAGCCAUCGGUGCUAAGCAGCUUGGACCAGGCGUCCACCCUGCUGGAUGUCUCUGCCCAGGCACUUGAGGUCACCCAACAAGAGGGACUGCAGCCAGCAGACAUGGUGUCCCUUAUCCAGCUGUUGUCUCUGGCCGCUGACGUCCCCGCACAGCUGCUCAACCAAGUCACCAACCAAAGCCAGGGCGACUUCCAGGAGCUCAGCCAGAACUUCAUCAGUGUGGCCGACGGCGUCAUCAGUGAAGACAACGCCCUCAAGUGGCAGAUCAUCAAAGAGGUGGUGAAUGGCCCCAUGGACGUGGUCAAGAGUAUUGACCGGAUGGUGACCAGUCUGAGCCCUCGCUUGAUGGCAGAGACCAAUCACCUGACCAUUCACAGCCCCAACAUCAAACUGCAGGUGCAGCAGCAGAGGCUUCAGGAAGGAUCCAAAGGACCCCUCUUCUGUGGGCCCGAGACAGAAGAACACACCAGCCUAGACUGUAUUUCAGUUCCACAUCAGAAGAUACAGGAUCUCCAUAACAACGGCUUCCAGAAGCUGACAUUGGUCAACACGUGGUAUGGAUCCCUGCGACCUCUUUUCAAUCCUGAGGAGAACAUAACCAUGGAGCCCACUGUCACUGACGGCAGCCAGAGGUAUGUGGGCACUGUCCUGGGCUCUUCUGUUAUCUCCACCACAGUGCUGGGUGACGACCAGCCGGUUAGCAUGGCCGUACGCUUCCAGCUCCAGCACAGAGUGCAGAACCACGCUGGUACCAUGUAUGAUCCAGUGUGCGCCUUCUGGGAUUUUGAUCUCAUACCAGACGCUGGAGGAUGGUGGAAUACCAAGGGCUGUGAAGUUGUGUCCAAACAGUAUGGAUCCACGGUUUGCUACUGCAACCACACAACCAAUUUUGCACUGCUGCUGCAGGUUUACGAAACCCAGCUGAGUCCGGAGAACGAAAAAGCUCUGCAGGUGCUGACGUUCAUCGGCUGUGGAGUAUCUAUGUGUGGCCUCCUCUUCACCUUCAUCCUCUUCAUCGCUGUGGGCGUCCCUAAAUCAGACCGUACCACUGUCCAUAAAAACCUGAUAGUUGCUCUGGGCGUUGCUGAGCUGUUGCUGAUGUGCAGCGACUGGGCAUCUGAAAAUGAGGUUGCAUGCUUCUUAGUCACGGCGCUCCUCCACCUCUUCUUCAUGGCCUCCUUCUCCUGGAUGCUGGUGGAAGGUUUGCUGCUUUGGAGCAAAGUCGUGUCCGUUAACAUCAGCGAGGACCGCAGGAUGAAGCUCUACUACAUCAUUGGCUGGGGACUUCCUGUCCUGAUAGUUGGCGUAACAUUGGCGAUAUCAGCGGACAAGUACAAGGCAGACGAUCACUGCUGGCUCAGCGUGAAGACCGACACAAUCUGGGCCUUUGUGGGACCUGUUGUAUUUGUCUUGGCGGUCAACGCAGUUGUGCUGUGUCGGGUUGUCAUGGUGACCGUUUCCAGUGCUCGGCGCCGUUCCAAGAUGCUCAGUCCAAGCUCGGCAUCAAAGAUGCAGACCUUUGACCUCACCUGGGCCGUGACCCGUCCAGUUCUCAUCUUGCUGCCAGUCCUGGGUCUGACCUGGCUGUGUGGAGUGCUGGUCCAUCUGUCUGUCGUGGUCGCCUACGUCUUCAUCGCUCUCAAUUCCUUCCAGGGCCUGUAUAUCUUCUUGGUCUAUGCUGUUUACAACAGUGAGGUGAGGAAUGCUAUAAAGAGGAUCAAAGAAAAGAGAAAAGCCUUAUCUUUCACGAACUGCUCCCAGCCAACCAGCUUCCUACCUUCUCAGAGGGCCCCAAUUACAUCCUGGGGCCGCAGUCCACUGGCUCCCUCCAGCCCUGAGACCAGUGAGACCUCUGGACCCUCCAGCUCUACCUCCACUUCAUUGGUCAUCAAGAAUGAAAGUUUCAGAAAGGAGAGCUUUGUGAGUUUCUCUUUGAGACCGGCAUCGGGAAACCAAGUGGUGCAACUGACUGGGUUCAAGCCAUCAGGAUGUUGAACGGUACACGAAGCCGGCCCUGUGAUCAGCUCCUAGACAUGCAUGUCAUCAGUAUGGAGGAAGAGACUAGAGACGUGCAGAUACUGUGUGGAAGAAAUUGGGAAGAUGCUCCACCUUCUCCUACUGAGAUCUGUCACUGCACUGCUCUCAGAUCCAGUCCAUAUCCCCCCAAACACUCACUAAUUUGAUAUCUCACUCUCAGUUGUGGAUUUUUACACUGUUGUAGUGUGUUCAAAAUUAAGACACCAGAAGACUAUUUUCAGCUUUUUGUCUGCUGAAAAUGUGCCUAUGCUGAUCUAAAGCCUGGUCAGCCAAUCAGCCAGUCCUGGUGCCAUAGGCAGUUCACACUGUGUCAAUGAUCAGCGUUGCAAUUGAAGCCUACACUGACAGUGAGAAUUCCCCAUCAGUCAUAUGGAGACAUCUUACGUCCAGUGGGUCACCCUUGGAAAUAGUAAAAUAUUAACAGAUCUGGGAUGUUUUUAUUUUUGAUCAAACAAGGUCUUGUUUUAUGUCUCAUGCUCUCUUGUCAGUGUCUCUGUUAGCAUGUGUUGACCAUGUCACAUCAACCUGUUGAAAGUUGUUGCAAUGAAAACAUUGCAAAUGGAUUAUAAUGAAGGAUGGCAGCAGACCUAGCACUAAAUUUAAAAUAUUUUUAUGUUUGCCUUUAUUGACUGUAAAACAUCCUUAGCUUAGCUGCACUGACAGAGUGGCUGUCUUUACCAGGCAUUGCCUACUUGAUCAUUUGGUGACUGGGCUUUCAUCAUGGCUGAAAGAAUGAGUUUAAUCGCCACAAUAUUUUAAGUUCUCUGAAAAUGAUCUCCUCAGCACACGCAGUAUGCAACUGAUUUCAGUAUCAGGUUUCAUUCUCGUCCUUCCGUCCUCCUGGUGAGUGUAAAUAGAAAGUUGAGCUUAGCAUACCAGAACAAAAGCACAUGACAUGUCGUGUUGUACAGUAGUUUCAGUAGUGUUUCAGUAUAGAUCGGAUAAUGCUAAUGAUGCCUUGAAAUAAAGUGUGUUGACUGUCGUAAAAUUAAAAUAAAGCUGUACCCUCACAGCUCAACAGACAGACAACAGUUUGAUGAUUAGUGUGAAGCACAGAUUGGCGUGUUCUGAAGACUUCGUCUCCUGUUUCUGUUUAGUACCUAUCUACAUGCCCUAAUCCCAAAGUACUGUGGCUGUGUUGUUUUUCAGACAAUGCAGAAACGUGGUGAGUAUUAUUAGAAGCUCCAGCCAUUUUGAUUCUCCCUUUCAGGGUGUUCUGCAGAAGCUAACAUAGAUCUUAAAAUAGUAACUAUGCUAUUUUAGUGGCUACGUUCCAAAGGUCUGCUACAGUCUAAAAUACGUGUCUUUUUAGACAUCAUGGUGUAUUCCACAACCUUAUCAGCAUGCUGCAUGUUAUGUAGAUGGACAAUUGAGGACUACGUCCAUUUCCCUCUGAAGGCUUUUGCUCUGCUAUGAAAUGUAACUGCUUAAAACAUUCAACUGGGGAAAUUACAAAUGUCACAGUGAGACUGCUGUCUACCUUAGAGAGCUUCCAGUGAGGAUUUUAACUGACCUUUAAAGAUUUAGAAUAGAGUUGGUAGGUUUCUGCUGUGAGACAAGGCUCAACCCUAUGACUGCUGUAUUAAAUCUUGUACAUAUGAGCUCUCUAUCUUGUGCGCACUUGCUGAACAAAAAUAGUCGACACAGCUGGAGCUUUACUUCAUUGAGUUUUAUUGGUUUGACGCUAUUACAAUAAAAUAUAUUUAAA